CAUGCGCUGACUUUACUAUCAGUUGAUCCCGAUCGCAGGAACAAACAGAGUAGGAUGAAAUGUAACAAUACAGACUGCAACGUCGUACCUGCUUAAAGGAGCCGUGAUCGAUGUGAAACGUCCAACCAACUCAUCGCUUAGGUAAACGAAACCCUUUCUUACCCGGAUUUUAAAAAGAAAACAAGAAAAGUGUCAGAAAAAAACUAAAUAAACUGGAGAUAAAAUAAGUGUGGACUCUGGACGUUAAUGAAACUAAAGCGGGUUGUAUCAGAGAAGAUAAGAACGACCGAGAGGGAUCAAAUAGGAAAUAUGUUAUAGAAUAUGAAAAAACAGGAUAAGAAAAUCUGCCAAUUAGAAGCAGCUGGUCAUAAGCUCCAUUAAAGUGGACCACCGAAUCGGAAUGGCUUAAUUUUGCAGAGGGAAAGGGAACGAUUCCUAACACAAGAAAAAGAAGAAAGUUUUCAGAUAUUUUGUUGGAAACUGUUCUAUGAAAAAACUGCGUUUUGCUGUCUCUGUAUCCGCCGACGGGGCCACCUGUUUUGUAUCGGAUCUUAUUCACCAUGUCCAAAGUGAUACAGAGGAAAACCCACUGGACCACCAGAGUUAACGAGUGCACGAUCUGCAAAGACUCUCACGAUGAACUGAAUGUGGAGUUUCUAGGAGGUGCGGAGAAUGGAGAGUUUCCGUACAUUGGACAAGUUAACGAGGAUACAGUGCUUUACAAGAAUGGUAGAUUAACACCGGGGGAAUUAAUACUGGAGGUGGAGGGUCUCUCUGUGUCUGGAUUGCCCCUCUACGAUGUAUUGACAGUGAUGAAGAACUGUAAGGGAUCAGUCAGGUUGAAAACUGUGAAACAAGGAAACAAGCUCAAUAAAGAUCUGAAGCAUUAUCUGAGCCAGAGGUUUCAAAAAUCAUCCGCUGACCACGAGCUUCAGCAGACCAUCAGAGAGAACCUGUACCGUCACGCCGUGCCUUGUACAACCCGCCCCCCACGUGACGGAGAGGUCCCUGGAGUAGAUUACAACUUCCUGUCAGUAAAUGACUUCUUGAACCUUGAACAGACUGGGACUCUUCUUGAAAUAGGGACAUAUGACGGUAACUAUUAUGGUACACCCAAGCCACCAAGCCAGCCCCCCAGUGGGAAAGUGACUACCAGUGAUGCUUUGCAAGACAGCCUUCCUGGCUCCCAGCACUCCACACCCAAGCGUUCCAAGUCCUACAAUGACAUGCAAAAUGCUGGAUUAGUGCCUGUGGAGAACGACGAUGACGACGAAUUCCCUGAAAUGAACAGCAGUUUUACAGGAGACUCAAGUGAACCAGACGAGCACCCCACCGUGCGGCCGUACCUCUACCGCGAGAACGCUCCCUCCUACGAUCACAACAACGCCUCGUCAUCAAUCACGGACAGCUCCCAGCAGACGCACCCCCACCUUCAUCCUCCUGAGGAGGACCCUCUCGGACCUCUGCCCGACAGCUGGGAGAUGGCCUACACCGAGACCGGAGAGGUCUACUACAUAGACCACAACACAAAGACGACAUCCUGGAUCGACCCUCGGGCCCUGGACAAGCCACAGAAACCGCUGGAGGAAUGUGAAGACGAUGAAGGCGUACACACUGAGGAACUGGACAAUGAGUUAGAACUGCCAUCCGGAUGGGAAAAGAUAGAGGAUCCAGUGUAUGGAGUAUAUUAUGUAGAUCACAUAAACAGGAAGACACAGUAUGAAAACCCCAUACUAGAAGCCAAACGGAAAAAACAACUUGAGCAGCAACAGCCACCAGAAGGUGAGCGGUACAUUCAAGAAUGGAUCGAGGGGCACUCAUCUGCAGGAGCUCCGCUUGCCACCUAUGCCACGAACCACCAGGAGACAUACCGGGACCCCGUGGCUGCCCCCCCACUGCCACCCCCACUGGGGUCAAAACGAGGCAAAGCCUUCUUCACGCGGAAUCCGGCCGAGCUGAAUGGGACCUUCAUCCACACCAAACUCAAGAAAAGCCGACGAGGGUUCGGGUUCACUGUGGUGGGCGGGGACGAGCCCGACGAGUUCCUACAAAUCAAGAGUUUGGUUCUAGAUGGGCCUGCUGCUCUGGACGGGAAGAUGGAGACUGGUGACGUCAUUGUGAGCGUGAACGAUACCUGUGUCCUGGGAUAUACGCACGCCCAGGUGGUGAAAAUCUUUCAGUCCAUUCCCAUUGGCUCCAUGGUGGACCUUGAACUGUGCCGGGGCUACCCUCUUCCCUUUGACCCCGAUGACCCCAACACGAGCCUUGUGACCUCGGUUGCCAUUGUGGACAAGGAGCCCAUCAUCGUCAAUGGGCAGGAGAGCUACGACUCGCCUUCCAGCCACGGCAGCCAGGCCGCCAACAGCAUGAACGGGGCCAAGGAGCCACGGCCCUACAGCCCCUCGGCCGAAGUGUCCUCCAACGGCUCGCACGCCUACCCCAGCGACGUGGUGACGCUGGCGUCCUCCAUCGCCACCCAGCCCGAGCUUAUCACCGUCCACAUGGAGAAGGGCGACAAGGGCUUUGGGUUCACCAUCGCUGACAGCCCCGGCGGGGGCGGCCAGAGGGUCAAGCAGAUAGUGGACUACCCCCGCUGCCGGGGUUUGAAGGAGGGGGACAUUAUCGUGGAGGUGAACAAGAGGAACGUUCAGAGCAUGACUCACAACCAAGUGGUGGACAUGCUGAGCAAGUGCCCCAAAGGAAGUGAGGUCACCAUGCUGGUGCAGAGAGGGGUGGUGCCGGCGAAGAAGAGCCCAAAGCUGCAGCAGUUGGAAAGGAAGGACAGUCAGAACAGCUCUCAGCACAGCGUCUCCAGCCAGCGCAGCGCGCGUAUGGACUCGCCCGUACACGCGGCCCAGCCCCUGCCCGCCGAGAGCGCCCCGCCCCCGCCCCCCGUCCAGCCACUGCCCAGCCUGCCUGCUCCCCAGGAGCCCGGAGAUGGCACCACCCAGAAGAAGCCAGACCCCUUCAAAAUCUGGGCCCAGUCCCGGAGCAUGUAUGAAAGUAGGCUGCCUGAUUAUCAGGAGCAGGACAUCUUCCUCUGGAGAAAGGACACAGGGUUUGGAUUCCGAAUACUUGGAGGAAAUGAGCCUGGGGAGCCAAUCUACAUCGGGCACAUCGUGAAGUACGGGGCCGCCGACGAGGACGGUCGGCUGCGGUCUGGGGACGAGCUGAUCUGCGUGGACGGGACGGCCGUGGUGGGGAAGUCCCACCAGCUGGUGGUCCAACUGAUGCAGCAGGCUGCCAAACAGGGACACGUCAACCUGACUGUCCGGCGCAAGACUGGCUAUGGAGCGUCCAAGACGGACGGCGACGUCCCGCCGUCCCCGGCCUCGUCCCACCACAGCAGCAACCAGGCGCCCUCGCUGACGGAGGAGAAGCGCACGCCGCAGGGCAGCCAGAACUCGCUCAACACGGUGAGCUCGGGCAGCGGCAGCACCAGCGGCAUCGGCAGCGGGGGAGGGGGAGGCAGCGGGAGCGCCGUGGUCAGCACCGCCGUGCAGCCCUACGACGUGGAGAUCCGCCGCGGCGAGAACGAGGGCUUCGGCUUCGUCAUCGUCUCGUCCGUCUCCCGGCCCGAGGCCGGGACCACCUUCGCCGGAAACGCGUGUGUGGCCAUGCCCCACAAAAUAGGUCGCAUCAUCGAGGGCAGCCCCGCCGACCGCUGCGGCAAGCUGAAGGUCGGGGACCGCAUCCUGGCCGUGAACGGCUGCUCCAUCACUAACAAGUCUCACUCGGACAUCGUCAAUCUGAUAAAGGAGGCGGGGAACACCGUCACGCUGCGCAUCAUUCCGGGAGACGAGUCCUCCAACGCGUCACUGUUAACCAACGCUGAGAAGAUCGCCACCAUCACCACCACACACGCACCUCAGCAACAGGCCGCACCCGAGCCAAGGAACAAUACAAAACCAAAACAGGAGUCAUUUGAUUUCAAAGCCCCACAGGCACCUCCACCACCAGCUCCCACACAGGCACCUCUAGCACAGGACCCAGAGUUCUAUUCAGUUGACCUUGAACGGGACAAUAAAGGUUUUGGAUUCAGUCUUCGCGGGGGCCGCGAGUAUAACAUGGACCUCUACGUCCUCAGGCUAGCUGAAGAUGGGGCAGCGGUCCGAAAUGGGAAGAUGCGGGUCGGAGACGAGAUCCUGGAGAUCAAUGGAGAGAGCACCAAGAACAUGAAGCAUGCCCGUGCCAUCGAACUGAUUAAAAACGGUGGGCGGAGGGUGCGCUUGGUCCUCAAGCGGGGCGAUGGCUCCGUGCCCGAAUAUGGCGCCGGCUAUGACGGCAACAGCCCCCCCGCCAGUACACAAAAUGUUUCGGAAGUGAAAACCUUGCCACAAAACAGUCGAUUACCCGCAUUAUCGGAGUCCAGUUAUCCACCAGAUCUUCACAAAACAGCACGAAAUGAGGACAAGAGGACAAAGGAGACUGCGGACAGGAAGGAACAUGGCCGACACUCCAACCAUCACCACCAACCGCACCACCACCACAGCAACCACGGGGGCCACGGCAGCCAUUCCAAAUCCCGCCAUCACUCACCCAACAAGAAGGGCACGCACAGGCGGCGGGUGAGAAAGUCGGACGAGAGCAGCUCAUCCAAACCCAGGAAGAAGGAGGAAAGCUCGGGCAAGAAGAGGUCGGAGCACAGCUCCCACCACAGGAGGCACCGCUCCCCGGACAAGCGGCAAAGCGGAGCCAGUGGUCCGUACAACACUGUGGACAGGAGGCACGGGCGGAGGCACGAGCGCUCUCCGGAGAGGAGGCACCGCUACGCAUCACCCCGCCGCAGGGGCUCCCUGGACCGGCGCGGAGACCCCUACAGGUCACCUGCCCGGGGAAGGGACCCCUCUCCCGACAGACGCAGGGCCAAGUCCAUGGACUGGAGAAGGGAUCGCUCCCCAGAGAGGCCGCGAGGCAAGGUUCCGGAUAAGGAUGAGAGUUUCCUGAGAGAGCCACUGGUCCCAGAGUCAGCCUCCAAGGUGGAGAGCUUCCUGAGAGAGCCACAAAUCCCUGAAUACUUCCCCAAAGCAGAGAGCUUCUUGAAGGACCUGCCAAUCCCUGGACGAGGCUAUGGAGAGGAUAGCCUUCUGAGUGAAGCUGUAGCCGUGGAACCGUUCUUCAAGGAAGACACGCUGCCCAGGGGCAGGACACUCGAGAGAGCCUUCAAGAACAAUAAUUUUCAGGAGGAUGAGUCAUCUGAGAGCAGCGAUUCAGAGGAGAGGUUUGCGUGGGACAGAUCACCUGAAAGACGUUACAAAACUGAAAGCCUGCCUAGGGAGGCAUCGCCCGACAGAAGCUACAGAAGACAGGAAGUGACCGCACCCAGACUCAAGGAGUCCUACAACACACUGAAGUCCAACUCCAGCCGAACCUCCAAACCGCUCCCCGAACCCAAGAAAAAGCCCUACAAAGAGAGCCACAAAGACCUCAGCAUCUGAACGAAUGUCUCAGCUACUCUGCAGUUCUCCAGAUAGAGCCCUACAUAUAUGUGGAAAACAUGGAUCCUGGAUACUAACUUAUUGAUUUUACAUUCUUGUGUUCCCAGACAGUGUGAGAUCAGAAAUACUAUCUUUUUUUAUUUCUAUUUGUGUUUAUUGUUGUUUCAUUUUUUCUGUUCAGCAUAAUGCAUUUAUCAAAAUUUUACAAAACAACAUGAAAACAAUUAUGUGCCUAACAACACCAUAAAUUAAGUCUUUGUUGAUGAAAGACAGGCUUUUUUUAACAACUGUCUUAUCUUUUUCUUCCCCCCAGAGCCCAUACAUGCACCAAAUGGCUACCGGUAACUGGUGUUCAGAUAUAUGCUGUGCAUGUCUUAAAGGUUUUGAUGUCUUUUUUCUCCCCAGUGCCACUGUUUUUUAGACAUUUGACCAGAGUAUAGCACAAGCCUGCAUCUGUUUGUAUAUUUUUGAAAGUUUGCAGUAUGUGUACAUUCAGAAGUGACCAUUUUAAAGAAUGAAGGGAAAAAUUAAAAAUUAAAAACUAUGAUGGUAAUGCUAAAAAAUAAAAUAAUAUAUUCAAAUUA